AUAUAUUUUUCGAGACGCAGAAGGAAAGGAGCUCUUAUCUCCGCGAAAAAUGGAUUAUUCCAAUAUAUUUUGUAAUCUUAUUAGAAUUUAGUUUCAGUGUUGGAAUUACAACAAUAGUAGUAUUUAUUUUAUCUGGCGCCAAGGACGUACGCUCGCCUUAGACUCGGCUUGUCCAUGCAAUUGGCAUAUUCAAAAUGGUUUAUUAUCUUGCGUUAUUAACAUCCGUGUCUUCCGUCGCAAAAAUGUUCGUUGCGCCAGUUAUCGACUUCGCAAUCUUCAUCUCCUAAAGCACGCGUCAUCAAUCAUUUAGUGCGUAAGCUCGUCGACCAAUUGAAAUUUGUUAGCAUCGGAAAAAAACAAUAACAAACGAAUAACGUUGAAAAGUCAAAGUGUGUCCAGAAGUAACUCAGAGAAGUUGCUGCUGGCUGGUGGCUCGAAGGUUAGUGUGUUGAGAGCCAGCCCACCACCUAACAUGUCUGAAAAGCAUGGCCAGAUUAGUGGUGCGCAGUGGACGACGAAAUCGGCAGCAACAGCGGCGGCGGCAACGACAGCAUCAGCGGGGGGCACAAUUACAUUGCCGUCGCUGCCAAAGCAUCAGCAAUCCAAUCCAAAUUCCAAUUCCAUAUACGAAGCAACAGUCGCCACAAGCCCUUAUGGAAUAUGUGGCGUGCCUGUUCCGGUUCCGGACAUUCCCACCUAUACAUCUGGACGGUUCCAGGCUCCACCCAUCCAUUUGCAAGCAGCUAAGUCAGCGCCGCUGACAAUUGCGCCGAUUGUGUCGCCAUCCCUGACACUUACCCAGUCCCAGGUGUCUCCCACACCCACAAAUGUACCUGUUCCCAGCGGGGGUUUCGUGCCGCCUGCGUUUUCAAAUGUGAAUAAUCCUGGACCAGCAGUCAGUAGUACCACAUCUGUGCUUACGCCCAAUCCCUUUGCAGCGGCCGCUGGCAAUGCUGGUCUUGCAUUUGUCAAUGCCUUCAGCGCUCAACAAUUGGAGCUAGGCAAGAUUAUGCAUGCAAUGAAUGCUUCUUCGGCAUCAGGAACACUGGCACCUGCAGCUAUCACGAGGCAUCCACAACCUCCACAUCAUCCACACACACAUCUCAGUGAUGGUGGUUCAGUAGCCGUGCCGCCGGCUGCACCCAGUGGCGCAAUCAAUUCCUCAAUUGCGGAAAAUGUGAUGAAUUCUUUAACCAGCGACGACGAACGCAUGCGACGCGUCCAGCAGGUUAUCGAAACUAGUUUGGAUGAUACUGCAAAGGUACAGAUCGCUCAAAUUCUGGAAAGUGUUGCAGGGCUGAAGCCUAUUGAAAAACUAUUCUUGUAUUUGCGUUUGCCUGGCGAGAGUGCGGACACGGAUCCAUUAAGACAACCACAAAACCCACUGGGUACCAGAUCCGAAAUUAAUCACACCAUCAAUUGGGUGCGCUCACAUCUCGAACACGAUGCUCAGGUGUCCAUACCAAAACAGGACGUUUACAAUGAUUAUAUCGCCUAUUGUGAACGCCUGAGUAUUAAGCCAUUGUCAACUGCAGACUUUGGCAAGGUCAUGAAACAGGUGUUCCCUGGCGUCCGCCCACGACGUCUGGGCACGCGUGGCAAUUCGCGGUACUGUUAUGCAGCUAUGCGGAAGACCACAAAAUUGACACCGCCACAGCUACCGCAGCUAUGCAAAGAUGAGCCACCCGAUGACGCUAUUGUAACGGAUGCCACUCCCGCACAGAUUAAACAAUCACCGAAUGCGGCAACGGAAAUCGAUGGCCCGAAAGCCGAUAAUGAGGGCAACUGGGAUGUUGUGCGCAGCUGGGCAGAAAAGCUGCUUAACACCAAGCUAGAAAGCAUUACAGAAUUAGCCACGCGUAUAAAGAACAACAAUGCCACAAUUAAUGCGACAUUGGCACCCAAAAAGUACACACCCAGAGAGCCUAAAGAGAAGCGGCUACUUGCAGAUAUGGGACCAUUGAAGAAGCGUCGUAAAAAGAAGCGCAAAGGCUCCACAUCCUCGGAAUCCAGUUGCAAUCAACUGAGUGCCGCUCAAGAUGCGGGCAGUAGUCAGGAAGCAGUCAGCGAUGAUCACAAAACAGAGCAGUUACUAAAAAUCAAGCAGGAGAUUAUAGACUCACCCAGUGGCUAUCUGACAUCCCAACAGCUUCAGCAGCAGCAACAAGUUUUGCCGAUGAAUUUGGCCACAGAGCCGCGCAGUAAUGCAGUCCGCAAUCUAACGCCCAAACUAUUGGAGCUACAAGCUGCGGUAGCAGUUCAGCAACCAUUAUCACCCAGUGCACUGGUUAUAAAGGACGAGGCGGAAGAAUAUAAUACCACCAAUAUAUUUUGCAAAAAAGUACUAAAAGCGCAGCAGACCAAAGGCUUUUGGGCCAACUCUCCCAGCAGCGGCAGUGCAACUGGCGCCACUUUACUUGUACCUCCAGUAAUAACGACGACGGCAGCAACACCACCGCCUCUCGUACAGCCAUCUGCUGAUAGUUCGCCCGCACAUGUGGCGGUGCUCUCAAUGGGCCCGCCAGCUCAAAUGAAUCAUCCCAGUUCUAUCAGCCCGUCAAGCAGUCUAGACACGAACACUACUACUCCGAAAGUCGCGUCGCGCAACAUGAUGUCGCUGCGGGCCAAACGCUUAAUCGCAGAGAAUGCAGCAGCCCUGGCCGCUGCUGCAGAGGACACCGGGCUGGCUGAGAACCUGGGUUUGCCACGUGAGCGCGUAAUUAGCAUAUGCAAUAUGGAUAAGCAUGAGCUUGACGAUUACUUUCUGCCCGGCGAAGAUGAGGAAGAGAACUCAGAAGGGCCAGAUACCGAGCUGCUUCAAUAUUUUCAGAUGGGAGACGCUGAGGAAAAACAACUGAAUUCCUUAGAUGCUCAAGCAGAACAACACAGAAAUCCACAGGCUGCCACAGCUACUGCAAUACCAAAUGCAAUGGCAACGUCAACAGCCAAAUUGGCAACGGCAACAGCGACAACAUUAAAAACGACGCAACAGCAAUUACAUCAGCAGCAACAAGAGUCGCAGAUGCGUCGAUUAAUGCCUUUGCCAACACCAGUAACAACAGCGGCAGCAGCAAAUGUUGUGGGUUCUGCCUCAGCGUCUCUGGCACUAAUGUCACGAAAGCAUCAACAACAACACCAGCAGCAGCAACAACAACAGCAACAGCUGCAAACCAUCAGCAACAACAACAACAGCAAUAAGCGCAAAAUUAGUCUAAGCAACGCGUCUAGUAACGGCAACAACAAGAACUGCAUUUUUUUGCCCAUUUCACCGAACAUCAAUAGCAACAGCAGCAGCACAGUUUCAACAGCGGCAGCGGCAGCUGCAGCACCAACACCAGCACCAGCACCAACACUAGCACCUUCACCUGCAACACAAACAGUAGCAGUAACAACAGCUGGGAAACUGACCACGCAGAACUGCUUUGCCAGUCCGGGCCUAGCAUACAUGCGACAGCGUUCCAGCCUGUUAACCAAACAGCAAUCGCUUGAGUUUGACAAUAACAACGGCAAUGGGGAUCCCAUGAUUGGUGCGCAUAGGCGUAGACGCAGCUAUGUUUACAGCUAUCCCAGCAGUAGUUCUGCUUCGGCACCGCCCAGCCCAUCGCUGCUACAGCCGUGCAUGGGCGUCAACUGGUCUUUCCUUGGCGGCACUGGCAGCAACAACCAGUUCAGCGAGAACAUCGUCAGCAGUAACAACAGCAAUGUGGAGCUGCUCGUGAACCAAAAUUCAAUGGACUUGGAAACUAGCCUAGCACUAAGCGGUGCAAAUAUGGAGCUAAAUGAAACGCAACGCUCGCAGUCGGUGCCAUUGUCUCAGCUGCAACGCAGCAGCAACCACUCUCCUUCAACGGGCUACAACCGCUCGAUUAACCAGGCCGUCACCACUGGCAUAGUAAAAGAUGCGCUCUUCUCCGAAAACAGCAAUAGUCAGCAGUCGGUUGGCACAUUAAAGCUAGGUGGCGGGGAAGUGGAUGUCUCGGCCAGUCUGCUCUACGAUGAUGUCAGUGCGCUUAUUUCUCCCAGCUUUAAUAACAAGUUCGGCGGCAUACAAACGACAACCACGUGCAGCUCAUCAGCAGGUUCAUCGAGUGGUUAUAGCAGUGCUGGCAGUGCUGGCGGGAUUGUGUCUCGUUCUGUGCCUUCCACGCCGCUGCCGCAUCAACAGUCGCAGUUGCAGAGCUGCAACAGUGGCAUAAACAGCACCAAUGGCAACGGUAAUACAGCCAGUGGUUUCUUUAACAUCUCACCAGCCUUUAAUUGGGGCGCCAGCAAUGUGACCUACGGUAGUCAGUCAUACAGUUCACGCAAUCCUUUGGAUAUUUCCAAGUCGAUGCCAACGACGCCCAUAACAACACCCUGUUUCCGUUAUAGUCCUGUCGAGUUGAAUCGCGACUUCUUGAUUAACGGAAAUACAAUUGACAGUCUGUCGUCGCCAGCUGUGGCAGCUUUCAACAGUGCCACAGAUGUCGUUUUGGCGCUUAGCACCGAUACGCUGAUUGAUGAUGGUGCACCCAAUAACAGCGAUGUGGAGGCCAUAAUUGGCGCCGUCGAUAUACUCGACAGCUUGUAGAAUUUGCCCGAAGAGAAAGCUAAAUCGCAGACGAAGAUGGCGAGCGAGACGCAGCCAGAAGAGCUGGUUAUGGCCUGUUUGCUACAGCAUGUGGAUAAGCUAUAGAUGCCUCUCACUAACGUACUCUCAUUCUCACUAAUUUUCUCUGCAACCGGAAACGUGUAAUCACAAUUUGGAUGAAAAGCAUAACAUAGUUAGUAAUAGUGUUUUGCUUAUUUAUGUUGUGUUUAUCUUAAAUAAUUGUUGUACCAUAUUUAAUGUGCCCAAUCACGAGCUUUCUCUUCGCAAUUCUCUAGCACAAACGCAAACAUUAUUUAAAAUUUGAUUAAGCUAAGCUCCAAUAGGUUUCAACAAUGUCCAAACAGCAACUUGUUUAAAUUGGAAUGUCCACGUAUUUUGUUCUUGCAUGUCAUUGAAACCACCCAGAAUCAAGUAUCCCUCAGGCAGUUGUUAUUUGUAAGUGCGUGCAUAUACAUUUGUUUACGUGUAUGUAGUAUAUGUAAUAAUAUAUGCUUAUGCAUAUUGUUAUGAUGUGGAAAUCAGUUAGAAACUGUUGACAAUUUUCCAUAGUUGAACACUUUGUUUUUAACAUCAAUCUUUGAUUUAAAAAAAAAAACAAGGCUAUAACCAUAGACGAUUAAAAAUAAAACAAAAACAUAAAUACUAGAGUAGAGAACCUUACAAAUGAAACGAACUUAAAGUCUGAAUGAAUUCGACGUGCAGUGGUUUUUUAAAAAUAUUUAUAUACACAUAGUAGAUAAAAGAUAAAAGAUUAAAGAUUGUAACAUUUUAAAUGCUCCCGUCAGGGAUUGAGGUGGUUUUUCGAUCCCGCGAAGAGCCCAGACUAAACAUGCAGAAUAGUUGUAAGCUACCAAAAGUUGAGGGCCCGAACAAGCGGCAAGCGUUCAACAAUAAUCAUUAUCAAAUUUCAAUGUUUAACUGUGUGUCUAGAAUUACGUAACGUAACGUGGCGUAUUUGUUAUCAAAUCAAUUUGUAAUUUAAACCGGCUAUCAGAUAGCGUCGAUAGCUUAAAUUGGUCGACCUUUUUUCGAUUUUAUUAACAGUCUAUAUGUUAGGUACUAUGUAAUUUCUUUUUUCUAUUCAAUUAAAUUGUUAUAUUUUCUACCCUGUAAUUAGACCGCAUUAAGUGGUCAUUGACUAGCAUUAAGUGUUUGUUUGUUAUUGAAAGUGUUUUGUUUGGAAUGAUAAUGCAUAAUGAGAGCGGUGACUCCAAUUAUAGCUAAUUCUUUAGAUUUAAUUUUCUGUGUAAUUCACGUUCUAUUAUCUAGAAAUUUAGUGUUAUUGGUAUGCUUAAUGUCC